UACUCGAUCUGCCUAAUUCCUGCCCAACACUUGAAUUGAAUCGCUUCACUUGCAGCUUAGAAACAAAAAUAAUGGGUAAUGAUGAACUACUUUGCAUGACUAACAUAUACCCUUUUCUAUGGUGAGACAAAAAUCAAAGACUGGCAUUGGAUUUUUCCUCAUUAUUGGUCUGCCCACUUCCUUUUUUUCCCUCUUUUUCUAUCUUCGGACUUUCCAAAGAUCUUCUCCUACAACGACCUCAAAUGAAAGCUUUUGUUGCCCUCAAGUUUAGCUGAGAAAUGAUCCAUUAACCUUUUUCUCUUCUUUUCCCCCUUUUUUUUUAUUUGUAAAGUCUGUGUUUUGUGUGGGUUUUUGUUUAAAUGGCCAAGGCAUCGGGUUUUUUCACACCGAGCCUGAGGACAAAGAUUCAACCUUCAAUAGGCGUUUCUCGAUCUGGGUUUUGCUUAUCCGAAGGAAUCUUUAAGAGGGUAGUGUGCUCGAGUGGUAUUGAAAGUGCGGGGACGCAUGUUUCCUCUUCUCAAUCUCGAAUACCCAAGCUUGUCAAUAAAGGCUGCAAGCUAGUUGGUUGCGGAUCAGCGGUGCCAUCUCUUUCAGUCUCCAAUGAUGAUCUUGCAAAAAUAGUUGAUACUUCUGAUGAAUGGAUAUCUGUCCGCACUGGAAUACGAAACCGUCGGGUUAUUUCAGGAAAGGAAAAUUUAAGAAACCUAGCGGUUGAAGCGGCAAAGAAAGCUCUUAAAAUGGCAAAUGUUGAACCUGAUGAUCUUGACCUAAUCUUGUUGUGCACAUCUACUCCCGAAGAUAUUUUCGGUGAUGCUCCAAAGGUCUUGAUACUACUAGAUGCUUAUUUAAACGGUAAUUUGUUUAUGUUGUGGCAAUCUUGUAAGGUCCAAAGAGAGCUUGGCUGCACAAAAUCUCAACUAGCUCAUGAUAUUACUGCUGCAUGUAGCGGUUUUGUGCUGGGUCUCUUCUCAGCUUCUUGCUACAUUAAGGGAGGUGGUUUCCGUAAUGUUUUAGUAAUCGGAGCUGAUGUUAUGUCUCGAUUUGUUGAUUGGACCGAUAGAGGAACAUGCAUUCUUUUUGGAGAUGCUGCUGGUGCUGUUGUACUUCAGGCCUGUGAUGCUGAGGAAGACGGUUUAUUAAGCUUUGAUUUGCAUAGUGAUGGUGAGGGUGCAAGACAUCUCGGUGCCCCCAUAAACGACAAUGAAAAUGGUUCAGUGUUAGAGUUUCCUCCAAAUAGGCCCUCUUAUGCUUGCAUACAGAUGAAUGGCAAAGAAGUUUUUCGCUUUGCUGUCAGAUGUGUGCCGCAAUCAAUUGAGUCUGCCUUGGAAAAAGCUGGUCUCACUGCAUCUAAUAUUGACUGGUUAUUGCUCCAUCAGGCAAACCAGAGGAUUAUUGAUGCAGUUGCAACACGUUUAGAAUUCCCACCAGAAAAGGUCAUAUCGAAUCUGGCAAAUUACGGCAACACAAGCGCAGCAUCCAUUCCUUUGGCAUUGGAUGAAGCUGUUCGAAGUGGAAAGGUGAAGCCAGGCCAUACAAUCACGGCUGCAGGUUUCGGUGCAGGUCUAACUUGGGGUUCUGCUGUUAUUAGAUGGGGCUGAAAAAACCUGCCAAAUUAACCAAGUAGAACGAAAGACAGAUUCCUUGCAAAGAGCAGCACUUGAAUCCCCACCUACCUUAACGGAAAAGCUCACAAAUAAUCUGGAUUUGCGCCUGCAUAAUCUCAACCAGCUCCAUUUUGUUCAUUCGAAAUUGGCUACAUAUUCUAGUUGUUAGCACUGCAAAAUAAGUAUUUUUUUCUUCAAGCACUUUUUAACAUUUACAUUUUCAGUUACUCUUUUAUAAUGUUGUAAUGAUCACUGUUAUAGUGAAUCCUCUUCAACCCCUUGAGUCAAAA